AUGGCGCCCAAGAUACCGCCUCCUGACCGCAAAGAGAAGUUGACGCUUUCUCAACUCGCCAGCUAUGAUGAUGUGAUCACAGAUGCUCUGGUUGAUCGGGCCUACUUCUGGACAAAGAUCCGCAAAAACCGAACCAAGUAUAUCUCCUGCAGAGGCAUCCUUGAAGAGCAGGUCACCGCCAUCCUCCUCCAUGAUGUCAUUGUCGGGAAAGACGUGCCAAAGGCUGAGAAAGCACUCCUGGCAAUUCCGGGGCUGAAGAAAUUCGUCGACCGCUUGAAAUCCGAUCGAGAGAAGGAAUGGUUUCGUCGACACCUGCGCAAAUACAUCUCCAUCUACCUGCCCGAUUGCCCUUUCGAGGUCAUGACCACCAAUCGCUAUACCAUAACCAUCCACGAAGCGGCUGUUUCUGCGCGCAAGUACAUCGCAUCGGGAACAACGAUACGCGGGCUCAGCGGCACGCUUGUACCCAUGACCCGCGAGGAGGAGAUAGAUCUCGAUUUGACAAGGAAGGAUUUCAGCAUUGUGAUGUCGAGCCGGAAGAAGACGCCGUCUAUCUUUCUGGGCCCAGCGCGUUUUGCGAAUCAUGAUUGUAACGCGAAUGCGAGGCUCGUGAUGAGGGGCCCGGAAAGUAUGGAGGUGGUCGCCAUUCGAGAUAUUGUGGUUGGAGAAGAGAUUACCGUCUCAUAUGGAGAGAAUUACUUUGGUGAGGAUAACUGUGAAUGUCUCUGUCAUACUUGUGAGCUAGCGCUACGGAACGGGUGGUCUCCAGAUGGUGCUAUGAUCAGUUCCGGAACGAAUAGUGGUGCCUCCACGCCAUCGGAAUUAUGCGAGGGACGAGGUCCAUCUACUUUGUCGUCGCCGUCCUCGCCGGGGUCUAGUAAUAAUAAUAGAAAAAGGAAACGCAAUUCUGAGCUACAGCUUCUCUCCGCCGAGAGUUCUACCCCGUGUAGAAGGCGGAAAGUGGAGCGAAAGGCUUCGAACUUGAGGCUUGAAAUGUCCAUGCCUAGCAGUCCAGAAGCUAGUGAACCUUCUUUCCUCUCCACUCUGGAUCACUCUCUUUCCGAAUACGCAAGCAGUUGCAAGGACCGUAUUAUUGAUGAGCCUUCAACUCACGCGAAUGGACUAAAUUCUCAUAACGAAGCUGAAUCUCUCCAAUCGAGCGAUGAAUUUAAAGCUGCUUCCUUUACAAAAAACAAAACGGCUUACUCCCCUUCUGGCGCGGAUGAAACACACAGCUCCUCCGUCACCUCUACAUCUGCAUCCACAGAGGCAACCUCAAUAUCAUUAGACGUGACAACAGUACAAAUAAAAACAGAACCGUGGGAGGAACGCCAAGUGGUAGCAGUCCAGAGAACUGAGAACAAUACCAGAAAGCAGAAUCGUCCCACAACACGCGGUCAUCCCACGAGUCGGGUUGCACGAGUUACUGAACUGAUCUCUGAAGACACCAACGACGAGGGUGAGCUAUCCGACCUGUCGAAUUCCUGGGAACUGAACGAUGCAGACAUGCUAGUUGUCAAGCGGGAACAUAGUCGACAACGAGACCAGGUGCAGAAACGGGAAUUACGGAAACGUCGGGGACGAGGAGAGCCAGAGCGGGAGCCGGAACCGGAACCAGAACCAGAGCAUGACCAACCCUCCUCAAAAAGACGGAAAACCAACCGCAUGAAAGUCCUCAAAACGAUUGAGCACGAGGAGCCCUCCCCGCCCCUCCUCCGCUUCCCUGGUGACUAUACAAAAACCCCCAAACUCCUCGGCCAGCGCUACGACCGCUGGGUCGACUGCAACACCUGCAACGCUUGGUUUGUGCAAGGCGACUCAUAUUUCACGCGCAAGGAGUGUCCGCGCUGCGAGCGCCAUUCAAAAUUGUAUGGGUAUCAGUGGCCGAAAACGGAUCGGGAGGGGAGGGGCGAUAAGGAGGAGAGAGUGAUGGAUCAUAGGACUGUUCAUCGCUUUCUGACGUCUGACGAAGAGCAUCGUAUUCAUAGGAGGGAUCGUGGGGUUAGCUUUGGGUUUGGUGGGGGUGGUUUUGGAAGUGUUGAAAGUCCGACGCCGGGGAGCCCGGAUAUUAGGACUGAUACGGAAGGGGGUAGCGAGUUUGGGGACGAGAGGAGGAUGACGAGAGCAUCCAGAAGAGCAGUUAGGGAGUUGAGGAUGACGAUGUAA